CACAACAUCAAAAAAAAUAGUAAUAAUCACAACAAGUAUAACUUCUACUACUAUACUACUACUACUACAUACAUUUCCCUCGUUUCUGUAAACGAAAGAUAUAUUAUUACGUAUAAUUAAUUAAUAAUAUUAGCUCUACACCCAUGGCUUGCAUGAGACUUGGCUCUAAAUCUGAAGCCUUCCAUCGCGAGGGCCGAACAUGGUUAUGCACAACUGGGCUUCCAAGCGAUAUUGCAAUUGAGGUUGGGGAGAUGUCCUUUCAUCUCCACAAGUUUCCACUGCUAUCAAGAAGUGGGUUACUGGAAAAGCUUAUCGAAGAGUUAAACAAUGGGAGAGAGGAAGCUACAACAGAACUAUCAUCAACUUCAUGUGUUUUAGAGCUUCAUGACCUACCUGGCGGAGCUAAAGCUUUCGAGCUCGUAGCUAAGUUUUGUUACGGCGUCAAAACAGAGAUCACUUCCUCUAACGUCGUUAGUCUCAGAUGUGCAGCAGAGUAUCUCCAAAUGACUGAAGAUAUGGGAGAAAGAAAUCUUAUUUCACUGACUGAGUCACUUCUAAGUGAAGUUUUCAGCAGCUGGGUCGACUCAAUUAAGGCUCUGGAAACCUGCGAAGAGGUUCAAACUACAGCUGAAGAGCUCCACAUUGUUUCAAGACUCAUAGAUUCACUAGCCACUAAAGCUUGUGCUGAUCCUGGUUUGUUUAACUGGCCUUUAACGGACCAUAACGACGUUAAGAAUAUCAGUCCAAAAACCUCUUCUUUAUGGAACGGAAUAUACUCUGAAACCAAACCUCUGCCUCUUGGAGAUGAUUGGUGGUUCGACGACGUGUCGUUUCUUAGUUUGAAUCUCUACAAACGAUUCAUCUUAGCUGUUGAAGCCAAAGGAAUGAAGCCCGAAACAAUAGCUUUGUCAAUCAUGUACUAUGCUAAGAAAUACCUUCCAAUAAUGAACACUCAAACGAGUUUGAACGAUUACAGUUACGUCAACAACUCAUCAUCUGGUGCCACCAUUUCCGAGUCAGAAAUGAGGACUCUUCUUGAAGAGAUUGUUGGAUUGAUUCCGUACAAGAAAGGGGUCACUUCUUCAAAGAGUUUAUUGAAGCUUCUUAGAGUUGCAAUGAUAUUACAAGCCAGCUCUUCUUGUAGGGAGAAUUUGGAGAAAAGAAUUGGGACACAAUUGGACCAAGCUUCUUUGGUCGAUCUUUUAAUACCAAAUAUGGGGUACUCUGUUGAGACCCUUUAUGAUAUAGAGUGUGUUCAGAGGAUUUUGGAUAAUUUUUUGAGUGUCUCCCUUGAAUCUUCUUCUCCUUGCAUAGUUGAAGAAGGCCAUCAAGUUGUAAGUACUGCUGAGAAUAAUAAUUGUGAUGGGUUGGGACCUAUGACAAUGGUGGCUACUCUUGUUGAUGGGUAUCUUGCUGAGGUGGCGGUUGAUGUUAACUUGAAAUUGCCCAAGUUUCAAGCUCUUGCUGCUAUCAUACCUGAUUACGUUAGGCCUGUUGAUGAUGGUAUUUAUAAUGCCAUUGAUGUCUACUUAAAGGCACAUCCAUGGAUUACAGAUUCAGAUAGAGAACAACUCUGCAGACUAAUGAACUGUCAGAAACUUUCACUGGAAGCUAGUACCCAUGCAGCCCAAAAUGACAGGCUCCCUCUUCGAGUUAUUGUUCAAGUCCUUUUCUUCGAACAGCUUCGGCUUAGGACAUCAAUCUCUGGUUGGUUUUUUGUCUCUGACAAUCUUGACACCUCUCAAAAUCUUCCUAUCAGCACUGGAAAUCUUGGUCUGAUCCCAAGAUCAACCGAUCAUGGCUGCCGAUCAUUGGAGACGGUUUCCAAAGAUCAAGAACAGAUUAUCAAGUGUAGCAGUAAUGUACUUGAUGAUCAUGCCAUGAAGCUACGUGUUUCGGAGAUCGAAAAGGAGUGUUCAAACAUGAAAAAAGAGCUUCAGAAGCUCACCAAGACCAAGAAAAGUUGGAGUCUUCUUCCCAAGAGUUUUGGCUUUAGGAAGAAAUCUCAGUCUAAUUCUACGCAAAAGGAGUUAAAACGCUCCAGUAUUAAGCUUGUAGUGCCACCAGAAUCAGCUUUGGAUGCUAAUAAAAAAAAUAUUGCUGAUCAGAAGAUUAAUAAUGGUGAGCUAGCUCAUAUUAGUCAUUAAUGAGUUUCAAUAAUAAUCGGAUCAUGAAUUCAUGAUCAUCUUUGCAAUGUGAUCAGUUUUGAAUCUUUUCCUUCUUAUUUCUGGUAUCAACUUGUUAAUAAUCUUUA